GCGCUUUCUGCCACCCCGCCUGGCUGCCCUUACAGCUUCGCGAAGCCGGCUUGCAGCAAAGCGGAGCCUCAGACGCCUCGUGACCUGACUCCGGGCGCGACCGGCAUGAUGACCCCCAAGGCAGCGACCCUCAACGACGCCCAGGCCAACUUCCUCCCGCUGGUGAACGUGCACUUUCACCUGGGAGCUGAGCACAAGUCAGAGUCCUACAUGAACUCCAGCGAUGCCGACGCCUAUGAUGCCGCAUCCUCCGGGCGCCGCCUUGCCGAAAACCCUCGUCCUGGCUUCAUGUGCGCCACCGAGAACCUGACUGACGCUCAGAUGGCGCCGUACACCUUUCAGUACUGCAAGGGAGAUGUGCAGGUGGGUAAAUCCUACGAAAUCCACUAUGUGCAUUCCUCCGCGGGAACGGACGUUGAUCCCACGGAUGCCAUCAACGCGGACCUGCUGGCGGACGGCCUGGGAGGCGCGGCAAACGGACGCGGCCUUUUGAACCCCAUGGUUGUGGUUCAGGGCCAAAUCUUCCAGAUCGUGCAGGGAGGCCCCACGGUGAACGACAUGCUGCACGGAUGGACCGUGGUCGGACAUGAGAACUCAGUGAUGUACCCUGGGUCUACCACCGGGCAGUCGCACGACAACAGCGUUUGCUCGCCAUACUCGAUCUCUUGGCACGUGGACAAGGAUUGCCACCAGGUCUCCCCCGAGUCAUUUGACAACUUGUGCAAGCAGAUGAAGGAGACGUACAACAUGGAGGCUGACCUGUAUCCCCAUGGGUCGCGCAAGCUGGUGUCCUCUGACUACGUUGUGAAGUCCGAGUAUGUGGUGAAACUUGCUUAG